ACCGACUCCAGUCGCGAGCCCUCGAGCAGCCUCAUCAUUGGCCAGUGCAUCCCGCGAAUCACGCGCAAGCAACUUCGCCCAGAAGGAGCAGUGAUUUAUAACCGUACGGACUUUAAUCUCUCUAAAGGCUCCACACACAUUGUCCGGUUUUGUGCACGAGCUGAGGCUUUUGAUGUGUCUGGCGCUUUUCGGCUGACGGCUAUCUGUGUUUUCAUCGAUUAAAAAGAGAAGGUUAUGUUUUAAAAUUUUAGGGUUUAACGAUCGGAUGUAAAACCAUCGGACGGAUCUUCUCUUUCUGAACUACAGAACCCAACCGAGAGCUUCAUUUUGGAAACAGGGUUCGCAGCCUGGAGCGAAGACAGCAGCCCGACGAGGGAGAGCGGAUAGGUCCAAGCUCCAACAUUUUCUCCAAUUUCACAUCCAACACCAACUUUAGCAUGAUGUCGUAUCUCAAGCAACCACCUUACACGGUCAACGGGCUGAGUUUAACCACGUCCGGGAUGGACCUCCUGCACCCGUCCGUGGGAUACCCAGCUACUCCUCGAAAGCAAAGGCGGGAGAGGACGACGUUCACCCGUGCGCAGCUAGACGUGCUUGAGGCACUGUUUGCCAAAACGCGCUACCCGGACAUUUUCAUGCGCGAGGAGGUGGCGCUCAAGAUCAACCUGCCUGAGUCCCGUGUUCAGGUUUGGUUUAAAAACCGCAGGGCGAAAUGUCGCCAGCAACAGCAGCAACAACAGAACGGCGGCCAGAACAAGGUGCGUCCGGCCAAGAAGAAGAGCUCCCCGGCGCGUGAGGCCAGCUCCGAGAGUGGCGCGAGCGGCGGCCAGUUCACGCCGCCAGCCAGCAGCACCGUAUCGGCCGUGCAGGCGGCUGCGUCUACCACCACAGCAGCGGCGCCCGUGUCCAUCUGGAGCCCAGCAUCUAUUUCUCCGCUGCCGGAUGCGCUCUCUACGUCCUCGUCCUGCAUGCAGCGCUCCUACCCGAUGACCUACACGCAGGCGUCCGGCUAUGGGCAAAGCUACGCGGGCUCCGCCUCUGCUUACUUCAGCGGUGUGGACUGCGGCUCGUACCUGGCGCCCAUGCACCACCACCAGCUGUCAGGCCCGGCCUCGGCGCUCAGCCCUAUGGGCGGCGGCGGAGGAGGCGCCGUAAGCGGUCACCUUAACCAGGCAGCGGCCACGCAGGGGUACGGUGCCUCGGGUCUGGGGUUCGGCUCCGGUGCCGACUGCCUGGACUACAAGGAGCAGGCGUCCUCGUGGAAGCUCAACUUCAACGCCGACUGCUUGGAUUACAAAGAUCAGACCUCCUCCUGGAAGUUCCAGGUGUUGUGAAAACGAGGAGGAUCCCAUACAAACACACACCAGUAAAACACUGAGACACUAAAAUAAGAACAUCAAAAGACAAGACAACAGACACCGCAGACCUGCCAUACUUCCAAAAACACACAAGUACAAAACAAAACAAGACAGUUAAAGGUGCUGAUGACGGAUAGGGGGUUUUCCGUGGCCAGACUCCAGCAGGUCAUUCUGGACGAUCAUGAAAUGGGCACACGCAAGCAGUGCUGCGGCAACAAGCUAAGAGAGAGUAUAAGAGUUUGUAAUAACCUAGAUCGCAGCCACGGAACGAAUCCUGACCCAAGAAAAUAGAAAGAACAAAAAUACAUCUAAAAAGGCACCACCCUACACGUUAGGAGCCAAUGUUUGGGUGAAGUUUUUUGGAAAGGGCAGGUUCCUGUAAAGCCUCUUAAAGACACUUCCAUCAGGAGAGACACUUCCAUCAGGAGAGUGAGAGAGAGAGAGAGAGAGAGAGAGAGAGAGAGAGAGAGAGAGAGAGACAGAGAGAAUGUGCGUGUGUGUGUGCGUGUGUGUGUGGAUGUGUGUGUGUAAGUGCGCGCCCGCGCUGAACGCCCCCCGUGGCGACCUGGAUGCACUACUUUAUUUAAGAAAAAAGUGUUUAUAAGGAAUCAAUAUGUAGUUUUUAAGAGACAAUCAAUGUGUGUCUUCUAUAAAUGGUACAUACGUGUUUUUUUUAUCUGUGCUAGCCUUCGAAACUGUGAUCUGUUGUAACUGUAUGCAAUUUGUGAGCUCCCUCGCCAAGCGCGAUGACUCGGCUGUGACUUUAAUAGAUUUUUUCACGUUUUUUCUCCUCCUUUAAAGAACCAGUACGACAAAUGAUAUUAGUCACUUAUUGGAAUUGAUCGAAGCUGGACCUCUACAAAAACAAUCUGCGUGGACACUGGAGCUGGGCUUCUACGAACCGGCUCUCCACUGGUCAACAGUGUCCUGCCGCCCACGACUUGCAGCGUGGAUAUUAAAACUUGUCUGGAGUGCUAAUGUGGUCCCACCAUUGCAGAGAGUAUUAAUAAACGAUUUCAGACCUGACUUGAUAUUCAAAAGUAUUUAAUCUGACUGAAGGGGUAAAAUGUUCGGUGUCCCUGUGAGAUCGUUUAAUUAGGGUAAAAUAGUUUAGCAAUUAUAGCAAAUUAUUUUUAUGCACUGAAAAAUUUAAAUGUUCGAUUAAAAUGUGAAUGAAAAAAGUAACACCUGGUCCGUUUUGCAAAUAAACAGUAAUUAGAAGUACUUUGAAAAGAUUUUCGUGACAUAUUUUUGGUAUUUAGUCUUUAUAUUUUAUGGUUUACCUAAACAAACUUUAGAUCAAUUAAAAAAGUUUUAAUAAAAUAAUCAUCAUUAUUUUUCUAUUUAAUUUGUGUUACCACGCGCUUUAAUAGUGCGUGCUGUUCAGUGUUUGCUCAUUACCUCCCGUGUAUCUCAAUUUGAACCUGUUUGGUCAAUUUUCCACAGUAUUCUACAGUAUUCCAAAGUUUAAGGAGAUUAAGGUCUUUUUCCUAAAUCCACUUUAUGCUGUUACACUUUUGUUCGUUGACACAUGUCAAAUACGGUUUAAUUCUUCUUGCCGUACAAAUGUAAACCGGUUUAAUCUUUAAUUCUGUAAUUGAUUCGGGCCAACCUAAGGAGGAAUAUGGGAACUUUGUGUCCUCAUGUUCAUUUUUGUAAUUGGCCUUCCACAAGUGGUGGGUUCAAUUAAAUGUGUUUUUGCUCUGG